AUUUUCGAACCCGUUUACUAUCAAUUUUUAUUUGUCAGUGUUAUCGACAGCGGGAUAGAGAUGGGUGAAAACGCACUCGUUAAAGACGAAACACUGAAACAGAAAUAUGUGGCCGCAAUGGUUCUUGGAGCAGUAGGAGACUCAUUGGGAUAUUACAACGGCCGCUGGGAGUUUGAACGAUCUGGAGAACGGAUACACACGGAACUUAAGCGAUUGGGUGGACUCGAUGCGCUAGAAGUGUGUCCGCCUAAAUGGAUCGUAAGCGACGAUACUGUCAUGCAUAUCGCUACCGGGCGAGCAUUAGUUCAAUAUGGCCAUAGGGCAAACUUUGAGGAUCUAUUUCAAACGUUAGCAUUUGAAUAUAAACAAUGUAUGACUGAUAUGAAUGGGCGAGAACCAGGUCUUACAUGUGCAGAAGCGUGCGAAAAACUUGAUCCUUGGAAAACUGGUGGCUGGCGUAUACCAUUUAACGACCGUGCAGGGGGAUGUGGUGCGGCGAUGAGAGCGAUGUGCAUCGGGCUUCGAUAUCCCCAUGAGGAUCAGUUAGAUGAUCUAAUAAAGGUCAGUAUCGAGGCCGGGAGAAUGACACACCACCAUCCAACGGGUUAUCUAGGCUCGCUGACCUCCGCUUUAUUCAUGUCAUAUGCCAUCCGGGGUAAACAACUUCGCGAAUGGGGUGCUGCUCUUAUACAAAAUGUCGUAGUUAUGGCCAAAGAAUACAUUGAAAAAGAUUGCGUUUACAAUUGCGACAAUGUGAAGCAUUGGUCUUACUUUACUGAAAGAUGGAACGAAUAUCUGAGGCUGAGAAAUAUCGCCGAUGGAAAGAGCGAACCCAUAUUUCCUGAAUACUACAAAACAAACGUCAACAAACGAGAUCAGUUCUACACAUUUAUCAGUUAUGACAACUGGGGUGGCAGCAGCGGUCACGAUGCCCCACUGAUUGCCUAUGACGCAAUUCUAGAAUGUAAUGGGAAUUGGCAAACUCUCUGUGAAAGGGGAAUAUUUCACGGCGGUGAUAGCGACAGCACGGGGAUUAUAGCAGGCAGUUUGUUUGGCGCCCUCUAUGGGUUCAAUGGAGUACCAGAAGGAAAUCACAGCCAUGUAGAGAAACUGGCAGAUCUCGUAAAGAUUGGAGAAAGUCUCUUCAAUUUAAGCUUUGGUAAAACGUCACCUGGCCAAUGCGGAAACGAAGCUAAUGAACCAUGUACAGAUGUUGAACAAGAAAACCCGAAAUCUGCGUCUGGUGGUGAAGAAGAAACGCACCGUAAAGAAAAUCAAAUGGCGUUCGACCAAAUCAAUGGCGACACCACCAAUGCACGAGAUUGUGGUAAAGACACCGUUAUCGAUGAAGACGCUCGAGAAGAAUUCAACAAAAAGCCCCAUGGUUCAAAUGCCGUCACAGAUGUGAGGAAUGUCAACGGAUCAGCAAAUGUUCCAACGGAGGAAGUAUUUGAAACCAAUAUAGACACGAAUGAUACAACAGUCAAUUAUGGUUCUGUUCAAGGUGUUGAUAGAAAAUCAAAUGGUGAUUGUAGUACUCAUAUAAUCGCUGGAACGAUGGAAACUCACUUAUAAAAUUCUGAUUAUGUUGAAAACAAAUCGUAUCUCUUUUUGUAAAAAGCAAGUUACACGUUGAAAAGAAUUUCAUGAAUUAAGUGCAGAAGGUUUCAGAUUUGUUAAAAUGUUCUAUUUGUUUUUUGAAAAUAAGUGCAUAGUUGUAGUGUGUAAUCUUAUAUUGUACUAUUUUUUUUUUAAAGCAUCCGGAUAUGACUAUAAGGCAUAUGCGUAAUAACAAAUAAGUGAAAUGUACUAACGAUACUUGCGCAUUUAGCUAAAUUCAUUUAAAUGUUGUUCAUGGUAUGUUCAUUGUUUCCAAACUUAUUAAUACAAUUUGCAUGAG